AUGGCUCCAACACCAUCAUCAGACGAGUCACCCGCGUCGACGUCCGGCCCGGGCCUCACACGAGCGCCAGACUCACCGCAAAGCAAAAUUAGACGAAACGUAGCCUGUAUCAGUUGUCGUGACUCAAAGGUGCGGUGUCGAGCGAGUCCUGUCACGGGACAGCCAUGUCAACGAUGCGCCAAGUUGCAGAUCUCUAAACUUGAGCUUCUGGAACAAGAGCUCAAGUCCAUCAAAGAAGUUGUACAGCCCAAGAGUAACGCAGACUCACCAUCAGUCUCUCAGAGAAACGGAACUGUGUUUCCUACACAGCCAUCUCAAUUGCCUCCGGUCACAAAUGGAGCCGCCUUUUCAUUGUCCAGCAACCUGCAAAGCCCACAACAACCCCAGUCGUUCGUGCCAUCAGCGGCGUUGCUCGAAAAGACAGAGCCUACAAAACCUCGCAUGCUAGAUGGUAAAUUGGUGUCUGGACAGGAUAUUGACUGGUACUUUGAGAAGUAUGACUCCCCUGGACUGAUGCUAGCAGCAGUAAGACUAACAGCUUCAGUAAUAUCGACAGCUUGUCGUCGAUAUGCUAAAGAUGAACAACUUGUAACCGUACUCCUCGAUUCUCUUAACCGCGACGUUUGGGGCCUGCUUCAAGCCAUUACAUUGGACCUCGAGUCUAUUCAGACUCUCUUGAUAAUCUGCACUUGGCCAUUCCCGACCAUUAGAUUUGUCACCGAUCCGUCGCCUAAUUUUAUAAGCAGUGCCCUCAACGCUUGCAUGCUUCUCGGCCUGCAUACUGGCCGAGGAUCUCAUCCAAGCUUCUUGAUUGGGGGACGCCAGCACAUGACAUGCACAGACUAUGAGGCAUCCAUAACGUGGGUGUUCUGUAGUAUUCUCGCUCAAAGAGUGUCUACAGGCAAUGGGCAUCCACCUCCUUUUCUCCAGCAUAAUGACACCAAGUGCAAGGAUGCCAUCAAAGAUAGUCUUGCGCCGGAGUUGUUCACCUUUUUUGAGCUACAGAAGUUUUCAAAUAGAUUACACACAGCCAUGUAUGCCCAGAUAUCGGCAAGCAAUGGGGUUCCUGAAACCAUCGUCAAGAUGUGGGAAGAUGAGUUUGAGCUUCUAAGACCCCUCGUCACCCGUGUCGAAACAGUUGCUCAACUCGAAGUCCAGGCUUACUACUAUAUCUCGCCCCCUGACCAGCGCCCCAAUUUCACCCUCAAUACUCUCCGCACAUAUAAUACCUCACAGAAUCUUAUCAACACAGCCCUCACACUCGAAUCAACGUGCCAACUACUUACACACAGUCCCCACUGGGUCUAUCGUGCUUUAGUCGAUGCCAGCUGCAUCCUCCUAUCCACGCUACACUCCACUGCUGCCCCGCAACAUCUCUCAACCUCAGACGCUGAGGUUGUCGCUGCGCAGGUUCUAUCCCUUCUAAAAACCUGCUCAGUUCGUGAUAAUGACCUCCCCACACGAGGUUCCAUCAUUCUUGAGACUUUCUGGUCUGUAAGGCAUUUACUCCCUAAGUGGGACAUUCCUGUUGGUGCAUGGCCGGAUCGUAUAGGUGCUGCCACAUCGUAUUGGUGUCUCACGGCCUUCAAGAAUGCGUUGCAGGAGGCCAGGAAUAUCACAGAUGGUACACAAAAAGGCAUUGAUGCAUUUCAACAAAGGUUCCCGGGGACCAUCAACGGUGAUAAUGACGAGGGCAAUGGCAACACUAACACAGACAUCAAUGGCCAAGAACACACUAUGGACAAUACCAUCGAUCCCCUCCAGGGAAUUGACUGGUCCAUGAUCAUCGAUGACUUUGGCUGGAUUGGAGAGGGUCCCAUGUUUCUUGGGCCAGCAUGA